AAGCGUUGUGGUUUUAUUUCUGGAGCGCUGUGUCUCUGCGGGACGUGCACCUCUCACCCGGCGGAGGGGAAGGCUGUGGAGAACUCGUUGUCUCUUCACGCAGCGGGGUGUGAGGGAAGCUCUCCCCAGCUUCGUUUCUUCUGCCCGUGCAAAAGGGGAAAAGAAGGCUGUGGGUGCUGUGGAGACAGGGAGUCUUGCGUUGUUAGAGUAAAUCUCAAGGGCUUUGCCGAAAAUCUCCGAGUCCUGGAAUCUGGCAGUUAGUAGAUGACUUCACAGGUGAUUGUCUGCAAAGAAACGCUUUUAGGGUCCAUCUUCAGGGCUUGAUGUGGAGUCCCACCGCUCAGUAAAAAGACUUAGCCAUGGCAGUUAAAAGUAGCAAACCCAAGCGUGGCAAAGGCAAAAGCUCCAAAAAGAAAGCAAAGAAGGUGGUGAAGGAAGUGGAUAUCCUCAGCCCAGCUGCUAUGCUCAACGCUUACUACAUCUGUCACAAUGUCCCCGCCUGCCUGGAGUUCCGGGGCUUUCCCUGGCCUGGCUCCCCCAAGAAGAAGGGGAAGAAAAGAAAGUAACCAGGUGGCUGGAACGCAACAGACUUAGUGAAAACCAAGCUCCCCAGUGAAGAAGAGAUUUUUUUGUGGAUUAGACUCGUACUGACCUCUCCAGUGGUUAGCUCGAAUAUUUUGCCGUAAUCACUGUUGUGUCCGUACAAAGACACUCUUAUUAUAGCUCAAGCAUAGAGUGACAAAUGGUAAGUGACACUGUGCCAUUGUAAUUUCAGCUGUGGCCCUUCACCCUCCAGUUCUGUGUGGAAUAAAGCAUUGUGCCUCAGCACUCUGAAGGGUUUGUAGUGGGGUUUGCUCUACCCA